AUGAGCUCCACGGGCAACGUCGCCGGCGGCGGCAAGAAGGUGUCGUGGCCGGAGGUGGUGGGGCUGCCGGCCGGUGAGGCCAAGGCCGUCAUCCUCAAGGACAAGCCCGACGCCGACGUGAUCUUCGUGCCUUUCGGGGCGGGGGUGCAGCAGGACCUCAGCCUAAACCGCGUCCGUGUCUUCGUCGGCACCAUCGCCAGCGUGGUGACCGUCGUCCUCGCCCCAAAGGUUGGCUAG